AUGGCAUCGCAUCAAGUGGCACUUAAAAUCGCCUUUAACGGGGACAUUCACCGUACGCGCGUGGACUUGCGAGGUUUCUCACUAGCAGAACUCACGCAUCUCAUGUCGCAGACCUUUCGUCAGCCCGUGGGUGACUUUGUAGUGCAAUACCGCGACCCAGAGGGUGAUUGCGUCAACGUAACGACGGACGCCGAGUUUCAGGAGGCCGUGCGUGUCUUCUUGGACACCCACGAGCCUGUACCGUCGCUCAAAUUCUCGGCCGUUACCAAGCGCCAAGCUGAGUUCCAGGAGAAGGUAGCGGACCCUCUCAUUGCGUCCGUGGAGCAGCUCAUGCAGGCACUGGCCGUGACACUUGAGAAGCUCAAGCAUGACGCCCAGUUCGCCUCCAGUGUGGCUGCCAAUACGAGCGUGACGGUAACGCAGGCGACCAGAGAGAGCGCUUGCUCGCCCAAAACUGCAGUUGGAGGUUUCUCCAGCUUUGCUCAGGGUCUUGUGGGUCAGAUCAAUCGCUUCAUCCCAGAGAAGAAGGCAGGAGAAGCAACGAUGGCACCGGUCGCAGUCCCUGUAGUGACUCCCGAGCCGGAGCAGAUGCAGCAGCUGCCAGAGGUGGUGAGACCACUUUUAUCUGUUCAAGAUGAAAAAGCUCCAUCUGUCCAAGUGGAGAAGGCUCCACCUGCUCAGGAGACGGAAGAAACGCCGUCUCUCGCAUCAUCUGUGGCCUUUUCUGAGGCUGAACUCAAAUGGGCCGAGCCGCUGUCCAUCGUGAGCAGUAUUCUCCCAAAUGUCAGCCCGGCACGUAUCAUUGACAUUCUUGAGAAGAGUAAUGGUGACCUCAAUGUCGUUCUCAAUGUGCUGACGGAGGAGAACUAA